AUGCCGAAGAAGGGGGUGGAGCUCGGCCAGGCGAAGGCCAAAGGUACCAAGCGGAAGCACGCAGAGGACGCGGAGGACGGGGCCAGCCAGGCAUGCAAGGUCUAUUUGCAAGGCAUCCCACGGCUUUGUCAAGUGCAAAGCAUUAAGGAUCGCUUCAGCCAAUAUGGAGAGAUUCUGGACGUGGAGAUUCCACCCAUGCGGCGGAACAAGUCGAAACGCAUCGCCUUUGUCAGCUUCGUCAAGGCCUCUGAGGCGAAGGCGGCGCUUGAAGAGGACGAGAACGACUUCGAAGGCUCCACGUUGAAGGUGCAAUUGAGCAGAGCCAACGCGGCCACCGAAGACGCCCCAGCAAGCGCCAGCUCUGGCACUGGCGCUGGCACUGCCGCUGGCAGCACGGCUUCUGAUGCUCCUGAGGCGAGCAUCGGCACCAAAGUCUUCGUGACAGGCUUCGGGAAGGACUGCACGGAGAACGACCUCACAGCCCAUUUCUCUAAGUGCGGGAAGCUGGAGUCGGUGUCCAUGCCAGUUUCGAAGUCUGCGAAAACCAAAGGCAGUUCUCGUGGCUUCGCCAUUUUGGAGUUUUCAAAGAAGAAAUUCGCUGCACAGGCCUUGAAGUUGAGCAAGAAGCUUAAGGGCCAAGACUUGACAAUAAAGCCUUACACGUCCAGCGCGGCGGACGAAAAGCAGCAAAAGAAGGCCUCCGCGAAGAAGAAGGCAAAGGCUAAGGAGCAGACGAAACACCAGUACCGUGUGGUGGUGCAGGGCUUUCCGAAGGCCAUCAGUGAGAAGAACCUGCGGGAGCACUUUGAACCCUGUGGAGAGAUUCAAGAGAUCAAGAUGCCCAAGAAGAAGGAUGGCGAACUGAGAGGUGUGGCGUUCAUCAGCUUUGCUUCGAAGGAGGCCAUGAAAGAAGCCUUAAGGCUUGAUGGUGAGGACUUCCGCGAUAAGCCGCUCAAAGUCGUGAAAAGCGAUCCAGGCAAGAACGCAGCGGGAGAAUGA